UUUCUUUAAUUUUUCAGUUUUCAUCAUAUUUUUAAUUUAAGCCAUCAUGUAUGGUCAAAAUGUUCGAAACGUUUCUUACUAUCCACCAUAUGGUUAUAAUGGAUAUAAGCAAAGCGGCGAACGUAUGUGGCGUAUGUCCCAUUCUCUACCCUCUGGAAUGUCACGUUAUGCGUUUUCACCACAGGACACAGAUUUUACGUCGUCGUAUCCAGGUCCCUCAGCGAUGAAUCCACGUGGCCGUGGCGGCUAUAAUGAUUUUUCAGGUGGCGGCAGUGCAAUGGGCUCCAUGUGCAACAUGGCGCCGGCGCAAAGUACAAACUCGCUGAACAGCGGUGGUGAUGGUGGCGGCGGCGAUACUCAGGCCGUAAAUGGAACCAAUCUAAUUGUCAACUAUUUGCCUCAAGAUAUGACAGAUCGUGAGUUAUAUGCUCUGUUUAGAACGUGUGGUCCCAUAAAUACUUGUCGAAUUAUGAAAGAUUAUAAGACUGGCUACAGUUUUGGUUAUGCUUUUGUUGAUUUUGCCUCCGAAAUUGAUGCCCAAAAUGCCAUUAAAACCGUAAAUGGCAUUACAGUAAGGAAUAAACGUUUAAAGGUUUCAUAUGCCCGACCUGGCGGAGAAUCAAUUAAGGAUACCAAUUUAUAUGUCACCAAUUUGCCACGUACAAUCACCGAUGAUGAAUUGGAAAAGAUCUUUGGCAAAUACGGAAACAUUGUACAAAAGAACAUUCUCAGAGACAAGCUCACUGGUAGACCGAGGGGUGUAGCAUUUGUAAGAUUCAAUAAACGCGAAGAAGCCCAAGAGGCCAUAUCAGCCUUAAACAAUGUUAUACCAGAAGGUGCCUCCCAGCCUCUAACUGUGCGCCUAGCCGAGGAACAUGGAAAAAUGAAGGCCCACCAUUUUAUGAACCAACUGGGUAUGGGUCCACCAGCGGCCCCGAUUCCAGCGGCUGGUCCUGGGUACAACAAUAUGGUGCAUAGAGCGUACAACUAUUCUGGCCUUCUGGAUGGCUUUUAUCGCAACAAAUCGUAUCACUAUCCCUACUUAUAAUUCAGCCAUACAUUAGUGUAAAUAAUUAUUUAAUAAUAAAUUAGCAACAACAAAGGCAAACUCAAUAGUAUUACGAUA